AUGGAUCCUUACAGAAAUUUCAAGAAUAAUUCGACAAUGUACACUCAUUCACAGAAGCAAGCACGUCAGAGUAAUUAUCCCUUCAGUGGCUAUGGUAGUAAUGUGCUGCAAUACGACAAUAAUGAAAUGGAUAUCGAUAAGGGUCUUAUGAGUAACGCUAGUUCAUCCCUCAAUGGAGAAAGGUCGCCGAAAUAUUCUCCACUAGACUUUUCCAACCCUUCUUACCCAGUGAGCCAUUCUCAGAUGCAAAGACCGCUAAGAUACUUUGAAGCUAGUCCUCAUAAUAGUAGCAAUGGAAGUAUGGGGAUAACUAGCUUCAAAGGGUUUACUAACGGUAAUAUGGACGUCGGUGGUCAAAAUCCUGCAAAUAAUAACAACGGCGGUGGUGAUAAUAAUAAUAAUAAUAAUAGCAGUAAUGGCUAUAGUUUUUCCAGAGGGGGACUGCCAAUGAGUAACAUGAACCUAGCGCCAUGUAACUACGAGUCUCAUUACCCAUUAUUUGGGUUGGACUGGAGUAUGGAUGACUUUGUCUGUUUGGGGUCUUAUAAGGAAGACAGCAGAAAUAAAUUAGAAAUCAUUUACUCUGCGGAUUUGCUUACGUGGGAGAAGCUUACAGAGACUAACGUCACAUAUCCUGUAAGUAAUAUCAAGUGGCUACCCAAUCAGUUACAUCCUAGGCAGUUGACCACAAGUUCGGAUUCCCUUCGAAUUUGGUCUCUAAAUGAUGAAGUGGGUACGCUUGACGAACAAAUCAAUUUGUCCCUCUGUAAAUAUAAUAAACUUCACAAUAUCACAAAUGGUACAAGCGUAACGAGUACGAGCCAAAUUUUAGGUGAGUUUCCUCCAGUGACUUCCUUUGAUUGGAACCAAACAGAUACCAAUUUGUUAAUAUCAAGCUCAAUUGAUACGACCUGUAUAGUUUGGGAUCUGCAAAGUUCAAACUAUGUAAAAACACAACUAAUUGCGCAUGACAGUGAAGUCUAUGACGUUAGAUUUCUCACCAAAUCUACUCAGCUAUUUGCAAGUUGUGGUGGUGAUGGAAGUGUGAGGGUAUUUGACUUAAGAUCAUUAGCUCAUAGUACAAUCAUUUAUGAACCGCCUACGAAUCCAGUUUCUAAUGCGGACUUAUCUCAGCAACAAAAUGCCCUAUUAAGGCUAGAGCCAUCUCCAACCGACGCCAACGUCAUAGCUACUUUUGUUUCUGAGUCAAAUAAAAUUUUAAUACUAGAUAUGAGGAACUCUGAGUCCCCUGUACUAGUUUUAGAAGGACAUAAAUCCGCAAUUAAUCAAAUUAAAUGGCAUCCUACAAAAAGAUACAUUCUCUUAUCGUGUAGUGACGAUUGUCAAGUAUUGUAUUGGGAUUUAAAUUCGACUUUUUCAGGAAAUACGGUGGCAUCACCCUCAAAUAAUGCAGAAAAUGGGUCGAUGACAACUGAAAACUCAAGUACUACAAAUGGAUCAGCAUAUCCUUCUUCAACGGAGAUGCAAGGAAUGGAUGAUUCAAAAUCUUCAUCUAAUGUCUCCGUGAAGAAUGUUCAGUUUCCAAAUUCAUUCUAUUCAAAUAAGACACAGGAAAUAAACAAUAUCGUCUGGAGACCACAAAGAGGCGACUGGUUCGGUUGUAUAAGUGGCAAAUCGUUCCAGAAUGUGAGAAGCUUUUAA